CACACACACAGACACACACACACACACCUGCUUUCUCGCUCACUCUGACACAUCGCACUCUUUCUCAGUUGAACAGAAGCAACAGUGGUUUACCCCUUCAGAAAUAAAACACAAAGACAAAACUACUGACUCAUAAUAUGACCUAAUUAUGUUACAACAAAACGGCUUGACAUUGACAUCCACUUAAGCUCUGUCUCUGCAUAAAAACGCAGGCGCGCCGAUUGUAAUGUUACGCCAAUGGAUAGACGCACUUCUCUCUGUUAAAAUUUGCUCCAUGGGGUAUUCCAGCAGGCUGCAUAUUUGAACUAUUGAUAUUAUAGGAAUUCUGUAUUUAUUCAGGCCAUUAGUCUGGUUUUAUCAGUGAAGUUACUCUCAUCAAAUAAAAUAAUCGCAUGAAGAGGAACAACUUUACACAGCACACCUGCUAACACAAUGAAGAUAAUUCUACUCAUGGUAUUUUCCCUCGUUUUGGCAACUGUCCUUAGCCAAAAAAUCUAUUUUGACGACAGUUGGAGAGAAGACAAUGAAACGAGCAAAUGGCCACAAUCUGAGCAAUACAAAGAAAUCCUGAAAAGAAUGACUCGAAAACCUGAGUCACGCAAAUUCUUUGCUCUUAUGGGGAAAAGAGGUUCUGCAAAAUCCCAGGUAACAAGAAGAAGGCAGAAAUUUGAGUCUUUUGUUGGACUGAUGGGUAAAAGGAGCCCAGAGGAACAAGGUAACUUCUAAUGGAUCUCCAUAGCAGCUACAUACAACUUUGAAUCAAAAGAAUCAAGGCUUGAACCAGGAUGCACUGAACAUGUGUUUGCAUGAUUGUUUCAGUCACGUGUGAUGUCCAAUAUUUUGAAAACAUUUAGCAUCAAAUUAAACAGUACUUGCAAAAAUUGCUUUAGAUAAUUAAGGAAGAUGCAUAUUACUGUGGUGUGAAAUGUCCAAUCUAUUCAGGCAACUAACCUGUUGGUGCUCUGAAAACAUUCAUAUUGUGCUUGUAAUGUGGCAGAAUACUUACAUCAAAAGUAAAACCACUAAAU